GCUUAUGAGAGUGCGAACAAAUAGUACUUUUCAAUGGUAGUAGAGGAUUAUCCCGGAGGUUAAAGUUCUAUAGUUCUUACAUAGUUCUUACAUUGGUAGUAGAGGAUUAUCUGGGAGGGGGAGCAGGCCAUUGAUAGUUUCAAAGCUUUUCAAUGGUAAAUGGGAAGAUGAAAAAGCUUCGAUAGCAUUCUGGUUUUCAUAAGAUGCAUAUGCAAGUCACCCCUAUUAUGAGACGAUUCUUUUCAGCUAUUGGAUACUUGAUUGCUUCCUCAUCAUACGACUUGGAUACUUGGAUACUCUGCUUCCUCAUCAUACAUUACUCAAACAAGUUACUUGGAACCAUAUGGUUGGUUGAUUACGAUAGUUGGCGUGGGUGAUGCUCAUCAAACAAUUUAUGUCGGACUCGAACCCGACACUUGCACCUUUGUGGCUACCCUAUGGAAAGGUGUAAUCAACGCAAGAGGAAAAAAAAUAACAAGGAAGAACAAAGCAAUAGAAUAUUAUUAGGAAUAUUUGUUUCCUUGUAUGUUUAUAACUCUUUCAUUAUAAAUAUACUUGUCAGGACUCCUAUUGGAGUAUCUUUCCCAAAUAUUCUCACAUGGUAUCACGAGAUCAAAGAAAACCCUAAUUUUCUUUUCCGAUCCACGUCGCCGCCAUGUCUUCCGCCUUCUCUAUCACGGCACCGCCGACCUCUCCAACUACGCCGCCGCCCCUGCAAUUCUCCACGGCGGACGUAGGCAUCUUGGCAUCUGACUUCUCCUCCCCCGUCCAGCAUGCCGUAUCUCAGCCGCAGGUCCAGGUUGCGGUCUCUCGGCCAGUUGGCAGCAUCCCCGCGCCACCGCCGACGAGUGAGUCUAUGGCGAAUCCGUUCUCUCCGUAUGCAGCGCCAACGCCAUAUUCACUAUUCCCUUCACUGCCACCGCAAUUCCCUUGGCAACUGAGUCGCCCCCUCCUGCCGCCGGCUAGCCCUCGUCCCACGCCGCCGCCAGAUUCUCCCUUUUUCGGCCCCUCAUUCGCUGGUUUUCCCGGGGUUGUUCGACCUCAGCAUGACAACCCUCUUUUCGGCUCUCCUAUGGCGGCCAUGGCACAGACAGUUUCUCAUGGAAUUGCAAACGUGGGCCAAAUUAGUACCAUCAAACUCAAGGCAGUGGAAGAUUAUCUUAGAAGAUAUUUUCUAAUCACCCAACCAAAAAUACUUAACCUUCAUUUGCCGAUUAAUAACAUUACAAAUGCAGUCCUAAUGACGUUCAAAGUUCUAUGUAAUAUGUUUGUCUAGAAAAACAUAUCACUUUUGAGCAUGCCUGCAAUGUACAAUUCAGAUUUAAAAAGAAAAACAACAAAGAAUUUAGCCACACACACAAUAUAUGAGCUGAGAAUUGAGUUUGCAAUAAUUGUUUAUACUCAUUCCACCCUACCGUGGAGUAUUUGAUAGAUGAUUUGUGGAAGGGAAAGGUAGGCAUUUAAUAAUUUAGUGCAUAAUUUUUCA